GCGGGAGAGGCGCCGUGGCAAUUGCCCGGGGUUGGUAGCACUUCCGUUCGGUGCUGCUGUUUCCGGGUCGGGCUCUGUCCGCCCCGCCCCGCCGGCGCCGCCUCCGCCCGGGCAGUUCCGGAGCCGCCGCCCCGCGGAGCCGCCGGGAUGCGGCUCUACAGCCUGAGCCUCCUCUACAAAGGGGACCCCAAAGUGCAUUUGCUCAAAGCUGCCUACGACGUCUCCACCUUCAGCUUCUUCCAGAGGGCCAGCGUGCAGGAGUUCAUGACGUUCACCAGCCAGCUGAUCGUGGAGCGCUCGCAGCCGGGCAGCAGAGCCUCCGUCAAGGAGCAAGAGUAUCUCUGCCACGUCUACGUCCGCACCGACGGGCUGGCCGGGGUGGUGAUCGCCGACACCGAGUACCCGCAGCGGGUUUGCUUCACCUUGCUGGACAAGGUGCUGGACGAGUUCUCCCGCACGGUCAGCAGGACCGAGUGGCCCUCGGGGUCCCCGGCCACUAUCACCUACACCGCGCUGGACGGGUACCUCAGCAAAUACCAGAACCCUCGUGAUGCCGACCCGAUGACCCGAGUGCAGGCGGAGCUGGACGAGACCAAAAUCAUCCUGCACAACACGAUGGAGUCGCUGCUGGAGCGGGGGGAGAAGCUGGACGACCUGGUUUCCAAAUCCGAGGUGCUGGGGGCACAGUCCAAAGCCUUCUACAAAACCGCCCGAAAGCAGAAUUCCUGCUGUGCCAUCAUGUGACGUGCAGCCGGGGGGCUCCUGCUCCGGACCCCCCCCCAGCGCCCCCCCCCGGAGCCCACCCGGGGCAGAAGCGACCCCCCCAGGGGAGGUUCCCUGGGCUCAGCGUCCUCAGCCCCACCGGAUUACGUGACUUUUUGUCAUGGGGGGGCUGCCAGCAGCAGUCGGGCCCCCCCAAGGUGGGGGGAGCUUCGGAGCCCCCCCCGCCCUCAUGGUUUGGAGCAGGGGUGCCGGUUGUGCCUGCCCCCCGGCCCUUGAACUUGUAAUGGCUGCUGCGGCCCUUGGGGGGGCCCUAAGAGGAGCCGGGGGGGUCACUGGUGUAUUUGUGUCCUGAGAGUGAGCCCGGGGGGGCUGGGAUGGGGGAGGAAGAUGCUUUUCCCAAUUGCGGGGGGGUCCCUGGGCAGCUCUUUCCAGUGCUGAACUGGGUGCUGUGGGGGGGCAGGAAGGGGGGGGGGCCCUUCUCUCGCUUUGGGGGUGGAAUGGGGGGGGGGCUCAGGCAGCCCAUGGCCCCCCGUCCCCUUAGCUGGUUUGGGGGGGUCUGUCCCCCGUUUUGGGGACAUCCCUGAGUCUCCCCCCCCACGGUGAUGGGAAGUGUGGGGUGGGGCUGGAAACUGGUGUGGGAGCAGGGCUGGGGGGGGGGGGGUCAUGGAGCGCCCCCCAUGUUCCCAUCACCCCGGAGUGGGGGGCUCAGCCCCUGCUGCCUCUUUCUCCUGGGGGGGCCAAAGCUUUCGCUUGAGGUUGUAUCGCGAUUGGUGUCGCCCGUUGGGGGGGGGGGGGGAUAAAGUUUUUUGGUGGUUGUAGCUGGUUCUGACUCUUUCCGUGCCUUCCUGGGGGGGGGGAAAUCUCACCAUGGGGGUUGGGGUGUGGGGGGGGCAAUUAUAUUUUUGCUCAUUUAAUUUUUUUCCAUAAUUUAUUUGUAGUUUUCCCGAGACAAAAACGAACUCAGAGUCAUCUUUUACACUUACAAGGCUCAGAAAGAAAAGACAAAGGGGUUGGAGUGGGGAUGGGGGGGGGGAAAUAAUGCCGGGGGGGGGGGGCGGGAUGGAAAAAAUGAGAGAAAAAGAGGGGGGG